AUGGAUCCACUUAGAAGUUGGAAGCUUGGAUUGAACAAAGGCGUUGCUGAAGUCCACAGAAACAGUGGUCCAUCCAAGUAUCAUGCAGAGAACAAGAAACAUGCGAACAGUACUCCAGGCAAUGGAAUGAUCUUGGAUUUGGCGUCUGACAUUGGGACUUCUUUCCAGAGUGUCAGGAUCCUUGACGGCUCGGACUUUGUACGCAGAUGGAUAAGAGAAAAGACUCUGAGUCUCAAUCCAUUCGGUAUUGAAAGUGUUGAAGAAGGGAAGUAUCCGUUGUCGUUGUCAGCAGAAGCAAAGUGUCCUUGGGAUUCAAUGAGUCGAUUGUGA